AUCUUUUUUGGUUUUAAGUACGCUAAUUAGAUAAACUAGGUGAAGGCGCCCUUUGUUUCAAGCAUGACCUUUCUUUCUAAGCAAUAUUACGCUAACGCUAAUAACUCAGCUAUAUGACUUUUUUGAUUACUCACGAGAAACUCAUUCCGAGUCAACUUGUUAAAAUAUCAGUAAAAUAACAACGGUGGAUGAACGGGAAAGUAUAAAGAGCUCGUGGACCUCACCCUCACAGUGCUCUACCGGAAAGCGACCAAAAAAUAAUCACAAAAGGUUGGUCGAAAGAGACAGGACUCGCAUCCUAGAAACGAAAAAAACACCCACGAGAAGCGGACUUAAAAAUAAAGGGACCAUAUAUAUCAGUCAAUCCAUUCAUAAAAAAAAAACUCACAAGAAGUUAGAUUAAAUCGAACAAUAAUCAAGGAAACCAAAUACAUGGACAACCGAUACACAUCUUCAAGCAAUAUAAUAAAUAAAAAAUGAUUAGUAUAUUAAAAAUUUCUAAAACGAUGGAUAAAUAGCCUACCUGAAAAAUAAUCACUCGUUUGUGCCGCUACAUGCGGGAGGAGGGAGCGUUGCUCCACUGCCGACACCACCAGCCGGCGACCUCGUCCUUCCUUCGUCUCGUCUCGUCUCCUCUCCUCUCACCUCAACAUCUUCCGUCUCCAUCUAUUCUGCGUGACCAAUUGGGCAGAAAAUAAUAAUACAAUAAACCCCACCAUUUCAUUCCUUGAUCUUGAUUCGCUUCCCGUUUGGCCCCGGUGCCCCAUUUGCGCCACCAUUAUUAGGAUGAUACUAAUAAGUAAUCAUGUCCCCUUCCCUACCACUAGCGAGGGCGAGGGAGAGAGGGAUUUGCUAUCAUCAAUGCCAUCCUGGCUGUUACUGUGCGCCGCUGCAACGCCUCCUCUCCGGCUCCGUCUCUCCCAGAUCCCGUCCUCUUCUUCCUCGGGUUGACAUUGCCGCUCCUGCUUCCUUCCGGUCUCCUCAUGUGAUCUGAGCUGAGGCCCUGUAUAUCUUGCUCCUCCUCCUCUCCUUCUGCUUGUUGUUGUUGUUGUUGCUGCUGUCGUCGGCGGAGAUGGGGUUUUUCAGCACUGUGCUGGGAUUCUUCGGGUUUGGGGUGGGACUCGCCAUGGGGCUUGUGAUUGGGUACUACCUCUUCAUCUACUUCCAGCCCACCGACGUCAAGAAACCUGUAGUGCGGCCACUUGUUGAACUUGAUAUAAAACUUCUGGAAAGUAUGCUUCCUGAGGUUCCUCAUUGGGUGAAGAAUCCAGACUUUGACCGGAUUGAUUGGCUAAACAAGUUUGUCGAGACCAUGUGGCCCUAUCUUGACAAGGCAAUAUGUAAAACUGCAAAGGAAAUCACUAAGCCAAUUAUCGCUGAGAACACUGCCAAGUAUAAGAUUGAUUCAGUUGAAUUUGAGACAUUAACGUUAGGUUCAUUACCACCGACAUUUCAAGGGAUGAAGGUUUACACUACAGAUGAGCAAGAACUUAUAAUGGAACCUUCCGUCAAGUGGGCUGGAAAUCCAAAUAUCACUGUUGUAGUCAAAGCAUUCGGGCUAAAAGCAACUGCACAGGUUAUUGAUUUGCAAGUUUUUGCCCUACCACGCAUAACGUUGAAGCCCUUGGUGCCUAACUUUCCUUGUUUUGCUAAGAUAGCGGUUUCACUCAUGGAGAAGCCACAUGUUGAUUUUGGUCUGAAACUCAUAGGAGCAGAUCUCAUGGCAAUACCGGGUCUUUAUGUAUUUGUUCAGGAGAUUAUCAAGACUCAGGUUGCAAACAUGUACUUGUGGCCAAAAGUACUUGAGGUGCCAAUCAUGGACCCAGAAAAAGCACAAAAGAAGCCUGUUGGAAUUUUGGAUGUUAACAUCGUACGGGCUGUGAAGCUCACCAAGAAGGAUUUUCUGGGAAAGUCAGAUCCAUAUGUGAAGUUAAAGUUAACAGAGGACAAACUCCCAUCAAAGAAAACUUCAGUGAAGCGAAGCAACUUGAACCCUGAAUGGAAUGAAAAUUUCAAAUUAGUUGUCAAAGACCCAGAAUCUCAGGCUCUUGAGCUUACUGUUUAUGAUUGGGAGCAGGUUGGGAAGCACGACAAGAUUGGAAUGAAUGUUAUCCCGUUGAAGGACCUUAUUCCUGAUGAAACAAAGUCACUUACACUUGACUUGCACAAGACUAUGGAUGCUAAUGACCCAGCAAAUGACAAGUUCCGGGGGCAACUCACAGUUGAUGUAACAUAUAGACCUUUCAAGGAGGGUGAUUCUGAUGUUGAUACAAGUGAUGAGUCUGGUAUCAUUGAAAAAGCCCCUGAAGGCACACCUGAAGGUGGUGGUUUGCUGGUAGUUAUCGUUCAUGAAGCGCAAGAUGUUGAAGGAAAGCACCAUACUAAUCCAUAUGUAAGAAUUGGGUUUAGAGGUGAAGAAAGGAAGACCAAGCAUAUUAAGAAGAAUCGCGACCCACGUUGGGAGCAAGAAUUUCAGUUUGUCUGCGAGGAACCACCCAUAAAUGAUAAAAUGCAAAUUGAAGUCAUUAGCAGACCACCAAGCAUCGGUAUACAUUCCAAGGAAAAUCUUGGAUAUGUUGUCAUCAGUCUUGCAGAUGUUAUAAACAAUAAGAGGAUCAAUGAGAAAUUCCAUCUGAUUGACUCGAAAAAUGGCCGCAUCCAAUUGGAAUUGAAAUGGAGAACGUCCUAGAAGACCUCACGGCUGAAACCUUGUAAAGUCUCUUGUUUAGAAUGUCUUUUACACUUGUAUGUAUCCUCUUACUGUUUUUGGUUUAUUAUGAACCACUCUUUAAACUGUCCUUUUCAUUAUUGUCCCAGAUUUUCUCAUUGGUUGGUAUAUAUGAUUAUGAACAGAAACCAGGAUGCCUGAACUAUAGUGGAAUUGGUAUUCUGUUUGAGAUCAAUAAUUGUCUGU